UUAUAGCGUACAUAACUCGUCAUUGACAAAUGUGCAUAAAAACAAAACAUUUGCUUGAAUAGAAUUUAAUUUUGCUUAUAACAAUUUUAUCUUUCAUCACCGAUUAAGUUCAAAUAAACUUGUUUAAAAUGUGGCAACAACAGCAGAUAGCAGCAAUUCAAAUUGCUAACCAAUUGCUCUACUCAUUGUCGGCGCCUUCUGCAUAUACAUUGAACCAACGUCCGCCGCAAAUUUUGGGGCCGCCUCAAUUCGAAGACAAUGCUGGUGAUACCGACGACGAGGACGAUGAGCAAUUACGUACACUUUACGUUGGUAAUUUGGAUGAUCGUGUUACUGAAGAUUUACUCUAUGAAGUUUUCCUACAAGCCGGACCAUUAGAGACAGUGCGCUUACCAAAGGAUAAUAACGGUCGCCAACGCGGUUUUGGAUUUGUGGUUUAUUCACAUCGGUGUACACCAAAUUAUGCAACAAAACUUCUUGCCGGCCUGUCACUUUAUCGAAAAAUGUUAACAAUCAAAUUUCAAGGUGAACAAAGUGCUAACAACAAACGUCGCUCGUUGCCAAGUGAUUGUGAACGUUACAUGCCGAGACCAGGAGAUAAUAGCAUGUUACGCAGUACAAGUUAUCCUAGUUUCUAUGACCCUAGUAUGAAUGACAAUAUAAUAUUACCAGCAUCCUCAAAUCCAUUCAGGACAAACUCACCGGAUGUUAUGAAAGGUUCGCCAAAUAGAAGUCGUGACCGGGGAAAUAGAGAUAAUGAACGAGAAUGGGUUACAAAUAAUCAUUCAAAUAAACAUUUACGCUCGCACCCUUAUAAACGUGAUGAUCGACGUCAACGGGAUGAAGGUAAUCGUAAAAGAAGAUAACAGUUGAAGCAAAAAAA